AUGUCAUUUCUUUUCAGAUCCUUUCGACGGUCCCAGAUUACUAGCUCUUACGUUCGUGGAGGAGGUAUUAGAUCCAUUUCGACACUCCCGAAUAAUCCACAUAUCUAUGUAAUUCCAUCAUCAAAUGGCAAAAUCCUUUCUUUGCUUCCAACAGACCCUCCCACCCCCGAACUUUCCAUCGGAACUACAACUUCUAUCCCGCCAACGCCGGAUACUUUCACAGAAAAUCGCAAUUUUCUCAAAAUCUUACAAUUAGUUCUCCGGAAAAAUGUAUACUUUGAUCCAGUGGUGAUAGCUUCAGCGGGAACAUAUGCUUCACCCGGUGGAGCAUCUAUAUUUGGCGCACGGAAACGGCGGGCUACACCUGUCUCAAAUGAUGGCGGUGGCGCAGGAGGUGCAAACAAUCAAGGCGGGGCGGGUAGUGGUGGUGUAGGGGGAAACCCACCGGCAUUUGGAAGGAUUCCCGAUCCAGAGGAUAUUUUCGGAAGUGUAUUGGUGGACGGGAAUGGGCAAAUUCAGCAAGAAGGAUACGAGGAGUGUAGUUCGUACAGGCUGGUUACAAACGAGGGCAUACUUGGGCUGAGUGAUUACUUGAGAGGGAAGCUUAUUGAGGAAUUGAAAGACGAGGAAAGAAUGCUGCGAGCACACGGCUGA